AUGGCGCCUGAGGCUGGGGAGUGGGGGUGGAUGGCGGCCGUGGCGGCGGAGGAGCUGGCGAAGCUGGAGGCCGCGCACCCGGGCCGCCUCGGCCCGCUCAAGGACGAGCUCAAGCGCCUCGUCGCCGACCCCGGCUGGGACGACGCCGACGCCUUCGCGCUCGCCUCCCUCGAACCCACCCCUUCCCCAUCAUCCUCCCAGCCCGCUGCUGCUCCCUUGGACCUGUUCACGGAAGAGUCCUCGACCAACAAGAGGAAGUGGUGUGACGGCGGCGGCUCGGCCAUACCGGAGCAGGGGAAGCGCCGGAGGAAGAGCGCGCCUCCGGUGCUGGUCAGGGACAGGGCGGACAUGGCCAUCGACCGCGCCAAGAAGUGCCUCAAGAAGAUCCGCGCCAUCAAACGGAGCCUGCUCGGUGGCUUCGUCAGGGAAUGA